GGCUGGUGAGUGGUGAGUGGUAAGCGGUCAGUGAGGAGAGGAUGGUCAGGCAGUUAGUCAAGCAGUCAGUCAGGCAGUCAGCUCUCAGCGGUCCGAGUGGCGUGGCGUAAGCGCGUAAUGGCGUGAAGGUCCGUGAAUCUAUAUCGUCCAUAUUUAGAAACGCCUUGCUCUCUCACCACGACAACUUUUCAAGCCGCCAGAGACGACUAGCAGGAUUUUCAAGACAGUUUUCCUUAUGAUUAACUAGAAAUCUUGCUAAUCCAUCGCCAGAACUAUAAGAAUACCCUUAAAAGCAAGCGUAUCUUCUGACUAGAGCCUUAGAAACAAGCGUGUCUUUGACUACAGCCUUAAAAACAAGUGUAUAUUUGACUAGAGGCUUUGGAAAUAGUCUUUGUGAGAGAGCAAAGCGUUUCUGAACACGGGUUUACAUCGGGAAGGCUUAUUGCACCACAGAGGCGACAGAGACUUUGAAAAAAAGACCUAACUCGGGGCAGGAACAUGACAUCCCUCCCAUGUUGCCAAGUGCGUGUGCGAUGUUGCCGUGUGCCAGGCGGGCCGCCCUAGCAGCGCCUCUCCUCCAGAAGCCUCGGGCGCCGCAGACUGCCCGCCAUGAGGUUCAGGAGGAAGAACAAGAAGAUGGGCGCGGGCGUGCGCGUGGAGGUGGUGCUGCUGGACGCCCGCCGCCUGGAGGUGCACGUGGGGCCCAGACUGCUGACCCACGAGCUGUUGGCCAUGGUGGCCUCCCACUUCACCCUCAGGGAGCACCAGUACUUCUCGCUGGCACACCUCGACUCCACGGGACACUACCAAUGGCUGACUCACGAGAGGCGUGUGGUGGACCACGAGUGUGUCAGGACCCACACUGGCCCCGCGCCCCUCACCCUCUACUUCCUCGUCAAGUACUACGUGGAGUCCAUUCUUCAGCUCCAGGGUUCCCAGACCGUGGAGCUCUUCUACCAGCAGGCGCGGAGUCUCGUCUAUAAGGGUCAUCUGGAGGCGGAGAGUGACACGGCUUUUCGGCUCGCGGCCCUCGCCCUCCAAGCUACCUACGGGGACUUCUCGCAGGAGUCCGCCACCCGGUCCCACCUCAAGAAGGCCCAGCUCCUGCCCACCAGUGUGAUCCGCGAGCAUCCUUCUCUCCAGUACUGCGAGGAGCGGGUGAGCGAGGAGCACCGUCGCCUGCAGGGGUACACCCGCGGCCACGCCAUCCUGCAGUAUAUGAGCCUGGUGGAGCGCCUGCCGACCUACGGAACUCACUACUACGAGGUGCGGGAUCGCUCUAACCUUCCGUGGUACUUGGGCCUCAGCCACCGCGGCAUCGCCCAGUACGACUUCCUUGACAAGAAGAAGCCACGGAGGGUGUUCUUGUGGAAGCAGUUAGAGAACCUUUACUUCAGGGAGAGGAAGUUCUCCAUUGAGGUUCAUGAUCCCAAAAGAGUGGUGCACACCCUGAGCUCCUUUAACCUGUACGAGGAUGCCAUAGAGGACUCGCGUGACCCCCACCAUGAUGACCUGCUAGCGGCCAUCACUGAAGCCACCACACAAGUGUCAGUGUCGCGGAGGACAUUUGGGCCAGGCAACGUCAGUGUUUACGUUUGGUUUGCAGAGACUCAGUCGCUCUGCAAAGCAAUCUGGUCCAUGGCGAUCGCACAGCACCAGUUCUACCUUGACCGUAAAACCUCCAGAAGUGAAGCUAGUGGAGUGCGAGAGCUUCCAGAACUGGCAGUUGAGUUGUCCCGGAGCUGUGUGUCACUCUCCACACACUCCUCCUCCUCAAACCUGUCACGCUCCGGCUCACAAUCCUCACUUGUUAACAACUCAUUAGCAGAGGACAGUGCUAGUACAGAGAGUCUCCACCAAGCCAGAAUGGAGAUGUACAGUGCCCUGAAGGAAAGAAGAGAUGCCCUACAGGAGAAGAUUAAGGAAAAGGAGGAGGAACUGAGAUUGCUCUGCUUACGUGAGGGAGAGCUGACAGGUGAAUUGCCCCCAGAAUACCCAGUCACUCCGGGACAGCCUCCACCAACUGUGCGCAAGAGAGUUGGGACUUCAUUUGCUCUUAGUGAAAACCUCAUCAGUAAGAUUAUUAACAAACAGGAGGAAACAGUUGCUGCCCUGGAGUUGGAAUAUGAAAUUCAAGGGAAAAUCACCAGUGCAGCUCUCAGACUUGCCAAUGAAACCUCAGCUCGGAAAGGAGUCAGAAAGCAGCGCAAGAUGUCUUAUCAGCAGUCAGUGCAGAGAUUAAAAGAUUUGGAAACUAAACUAAAAGCAGCAAGGUCAAAACAAGCAGCCACAGCGGCCAGUAUGCCCAAGCAAAAGAAAAAGCCUCGGCCGGUCUCUGACAGUGAAGGUGUAGGUGGUUAUGAUGACAGUGCCAACUUGAGUACUGUCACUGUCACCAGCAGCCAGGAGUGUCCUCAGGACAGUAUAUGUGAACCUCACAGGGAUGUCCUCAGUGGGGAGGGAGUGAGUCUUUCCCCUGCUACACCCACCCACCCUCCAGUCUCCCCUCGCUCUCCUCAACUCCCUUCCACCCCAGUCAGGGCACGAGCAAGGCGUGAUCUGUCACCAGGUGGCCACAGCAUAGGGUCUGGGGGUGUCCACUCAGCACCAACAAGUCCUCACAAGCAGACCAAUGGAACAGUGUGCUCCAGACCAGCCAGUCCCAACAGACCCAAUAGUGGAUACAUUCCCAGCUCAGUGUACACCAGAAGUCAAUACCGAAGUCAACAGUACCCCACACUAUCUACAAGGUCCCAGUCAGUGCCAGCAGACGAGGGCCGCAUUCCCCACCCUCGCAUUGCCACUCUCAAUGGGCCAGCCUACACAGGGGUGGACCCAGCCCUCACUGAGACUCCUGGAGGCCUCUACAACAUCCCCCAGCAACGCACCUCCUUGGCGUGCCACAGUGUGGAUGACUUGGACACCUCCACCCUCAUCACCCACACCCACCCACACCCCAACCACCACCACCCUUACAGACAGAGAAAUGACUCCCAGGAUAGGUACGGCAGCCUGGACCGGCGGUGGUCCAACAGCGGACGGCUUGAGUCACGCAGCAUGGAACACCUAGAGUCUGUCCCCUCCCCUGCCACAGCCCCUUCCAACCAUCAUUCAGUGUCCCCCCACAUACACCCAACCCACACAGCUUCAUAUUCCCAUCAUCCACACUACCACAACCACCACUUCCACACCCCAGAACACUCAGAAGCCAUGGACACCACCAGUGACUCUCACCCCACAACAGCCAACUGUAGCUUUGACACUAUGUCCAGUGAGAGAUCAGGAGGAACAGAUGUGGUGGAUGGUGUUGGUUCCUCGUACAGGCACCAGGGAAGCUCUCAGAACUACAGACACCGUAACAAGAGUGGUCCUGGUUUGCCUGCCCCACCCUCCCAGCACCAUCGGGGGCAGGGCCACGGAGCUGUUCAGAGGUCACAGAGUGGUACAGUGCAUGUUUUGGUGAGAACAGCCAGUGGCAGAAGUUACAUGGAGACUACUUUUAUGUCAGAACCCAAUCAGAACCAAGAAAACAUUCCCCCAUACCGAAUGGCCUCAGAGUUACAACCACUACGUUCCACCAAUGGAAAGCAUCACGAAAGUCUCCCUCCCCUUCAUUCUUCAAGCUCUUCCAGUAGCAUUGACCAUCAUUCUGUGAGACAAGCACCCACGGACAUAACUCCCCUUAGAGUUACUAAACCAAGUGACAUACCUCCUUUAAGAGCCACUAGCUCUAAAGCUGAACCUCCAAAUAGUCAUAAUGUUUCUAUGAAUACUUCUAUGAGCUCUAUGACUGAAGAGCCCUUAAUCUCCUUAGCAGAAGCCGCGAGAAUGAAGAAAGAACGAGGGAAAGAGUGGUAUGAAACUUCCCUAGACUCACCAGCAUCAGGACGUCGCCUGAAAAAAAUGAUAAAUAAUGCCGAUAUCAAUGAAUCUUGUCAAAUUAAUGGGAAUGUGUCCUCUAGCCAGUUAAAUCUUAAUGUUAGUGGCAGCAGUGUUGGCAGCACUGGUAGUAGUAACAGCAGCAUAUUUCAGUCUCGUUCCGACUCUGCCGACACAUCCCACGCCUCAGUUCCGUACGAGUCUCCUCAGAACCACAUGAUCAUCUCUGCUGGAACUUAUCAGCCUUCAAGAGAAGUAACUAAACCUUUUGAAAUGUCAGACUUCUACAAGUAUAGUACAAAAUAUAGACGACAGAGCUCGAGUAACUUGGUCGGAAUAAACGGAAGCAGCACCACCAGUGGGUCGGUGAGCAGCGUGAGCAGUGGUGGCGACACACCCCUGUCCCCUGUGCUGCCCCCUCGAACCCAGAUGAUGGUCAGCAACAGCAAGCUGCUGCCACCAUCACCCAACAUGGUUGCCCACCACUCUGCUCCAGCUCCUCAACAGAAGGGUGUGUACCAGCCCCUGACACCUCUCACCUGCCAGCCGGUGGAGGUCAUGAAGGGCUCACCUGCUCCUGGUGAACCUCAGGAUCCUGUGGGAGGAUCCUGGGAAACGGCUCCUCUCCAUCAGGCAGUUCCUGCUACAGUCACUCAUAAACGUUCUGCUACCUUGGUGUGAGGUAAAGUGUGGUUGAGAUUAUGGAAUUCAAAUCACUUUAAUUUAUUCUUUCUAUAAUAGAAAGAUACUCAGAGUGACUCAUAUUUCCAUAUUGGUGCUCCAGUCAUAUAGUAUAAUUAAGCAUAUAAAUAUCUAUGUAUAUCUAUAUAUAUAUGAAUAUAUAUAUAAAUAUGAAAAUCAAAUUCAGUCAUUGUAUAUAGUUUUCUGUUGACAUUUUUUAGUGUUGAUCUCAUUCUAAAAGUGAAUGAACAGUGUUUAACUUAUGCAUUUUCUACAGUAUGAUCUGACAACUUAUCUACAAGUCUUACCAUGGACUGAGUAUCUCAGCCCUUUAUCAAACCUUGUUAAGAGUUGGUGUGGUGGAACAAAUUAAUUUUGAUGCAGAAGUUUUAUUGUCUAAAGUAUCUCAGCUUACAGAGAUUAAAAGAUCUGGCCUGGUCAAGGUUGAGUAAUGAAAAUAUGAUCAUAACUUUCAAUAGUUUUAGACCAUCUAAAAUUCUUAGUUUGCCUUCUUAUUUGAACCAUUUUAACUAACAUUUUAAUGUAAUAAAUGUAUUCCUGUGUACUUAAGUCAAGCUUAAAGCUUAGUGUCACCAGUGUGAUGAUCUAAAAGCAUUCAAUCCACACUACUCCUGUGAAUCACAACUACUGACUUGGAUAACAUCUGGAUGAACAAUGUCCUGUGGCACACAGUGUACACCACACGCCACCUUCAUGUGUGCACCUUAACAGUUCCUCAUAAUAAUGGCAUCCAGCAAAAUAAUUUCAUUUUAUGCAUUCCUUUCUAUUGCUUUAAGCCAAUUUGUAUAAGAAUAUUGUCAUAUGCAUAGAAAUAGACAUAAAAUCCAACACCGUGUGAAAAUAUCAAUGUAGCAUUAUAGCUUUCUUGAACUGAGAACCUUUCAUUCUCUUAGCACCAGCAGUGUUCUUUCUGGUUCAUGAAGCAACUGCAUAAAAAAAGAAAAGUAAUGAUAAUAAUUGCAGCAUUCAUGUCAAUUCCUCCCAUGAGCACACCACUUAGUUCAUGCCGAGUGAUCCGUGGAUAGUGUCUAUUGGUUAUGAUAAAUAAUAAACAACAUGAAUUUUUUUUACAAACAUGAGAAUUUAGCUAAAUAGACCAAGAUUAUAAAAAACUGAAUAUGUAAUGUUGAAAUAUUGAAGGUUAUAUAUUUUAGAGUAUUUUUACUAAGAAUGGUGUACUGAACUUGCCUUUAGUAACUAAAGAUUUUCACCAAGAAUUUAUGACUAAAUAAUAAGCUUAUACAAGAUGUGGAGGUUGUCCAUCCAGAUGUUAUAUAGGGAUACCUAGUCCAGCCACAUUUUUUUUUUUUUUUUCAAUUUUUUCUAUUUGAUGAGUGAAACAAUUGGUCUUUAUCCAGAUAUUGCUUUGUGGACAAUGUUUUUCUGUCCCUGUCCUGCUAGACUUAGAGCAAUGAGAAGGAUUAACUGAUGCAUGACAAUAUAAAGAACAACACACAAGACUUAUGUUACCAGAGAAAAAGUCUCAAGCCUUGGAAUUGCUCUUAUAAUCAGUGUCCUAAAGCCUCAAGUGGUGAUUUGUACCAGUGCAUCUCUGAACAUCCAGAAAGACUUAUUAGCAUCUGUUACAGACUCAGUAUUUCACAUCAGCAUCAACUCAUCACUAACAUUGUUUGAUUUACACAUUGUUUCACUUUAUUUUACAUCUGACUCAUCUGUUCACUGCGUUAAAUCCAUAAUUACCUCAAAACUAUAGAAAUAUGUGUCAGAAAUUUCAGCCAUUAGCCCCAGAAUUGUGAAUGUGUCUAUCAUGAUAUAGUAGUUCUGGUCAGAAUUUUCAUUUUUCAGUGCAGGCAGCGGAUAUAAGUGUUUUUUAAAUUUUUAAAGAAGGACAUAUUUCUUCCUGCACAAAUCAUUAUUUUAUAUAAUGUUAUUAUAGAUGAUUUGAAUAUACUUUUCUUACUAAACCUGACAUGUCCACCUUUUUAUAACUUUUAUUCUGACAUUCAUUAAGCUUUUAUCAAAAGAAAAUAGAUAAAUAGAUAAUAUAACGAUAAUGAUAAAAACUAUAAAUCUUUUAUUCAAUUUAGGAUGACUUUUUUGGUACUGUUAUUCCUCAUGUUGCCAAGGUAUUUUUUCAUCAGUGACAACAGAGAUCAGUGCCUAGUGAGUGCUUGCCUCACCAGUCACCAGAACAUUUCUUGUGUUUCAUUGUUUUAUUUAAUCAAAGGUUGUGAAAAUUUCAAUAUUAAAUGGCAUACCGUGUAUGAAAUGGUUGCCAUUACAGAUACUGUUUAGAGAAAAAAUUUUUAAGUUCUGACACUUUUAAUAAUGUGACCAAUUAAACUGUACUUUAUUGACAUUUACAAAGGACAAGAAGCUCAAGUUGAAUUUGUAGUUUUGAUCAAAGAGUAUUUAUUAAUGACCAAUAUAUCUGCUGGCAUAUCUUUUAGCUGUCAGAGACCUUUUGCAUUUCCCUGAGGAUGACCUGACCCCAGUGUGGCCAGGAUACUGCUGAGGCUCAACAAAGGUGCCUACAAAGACAUUGCAUUUACAGUGACUAGAUUUUGCACCUUUUAAUGUCAACUUCCAGGUGUUUCAAUGUGACAGCCGCAAACAGCUGAAGUUUCUAAAUAACUAAUACUGACAGUUUAGGAAGGUAUGUUUCAUACCAUGUGACAACACCUGUCCUCAAUGAAUGUGGCAGCCAGGCCUCAGACAACUUACCAAAGAUAAGUGCCUUUUUUUUAUACCGACAAAAAUGUAGAUAUGUGUAAACAUUUUGUACAGCAAAAUAUAAAUGGAUAUGUUACUGA